CCAGAGCGCCACCGAUCCUGAAUACGCACUCCCUCCGCCCAGGCCGCUCCACUGCUCGGUCGGAGGCUCGAAGUAUUUGGACAGCUCGCUGUAUCGCUACAAGAGUGGGGACGCGUGACUUUAUCUACGCGCACGUGUUGCGACUCCUCUCAGUACAUGGUCGCACACGUUCGCACGUUCGUUUCGAUCGCACUUGCAGAUCUAUUUGCGGACCAUUAAUCAGCCCUUCUGGUCCUCGAUUAAUUCGGAAUGAUCCUUCCGGUGGCGGCUUUCCCUCUACUUGCCAUGCUCGCGCUGGUGUCAGGAGUACCUUUGCCUUCCAAAGUUGCGGAGGAAGGCGCAACAAUUCACGAGAAGGAUACUUUGCGACUAGUCACCGUGGUGAUACGACAUGGCGAAAGGGCGCCCGUGGACACUUAUCCGAACGAUCCUUAUAUCAAGGACAGCAUGCAGCCCUACGGCUGGGGUCAGCUGACAAACGAAGGAAAGAAGAACCAGUAUAAUCAAGGACUGUUUUUGCGAAAGCAUUAUGAGCGUUUCCUAGGAUCAGUGUACGAUCCCGAUGUAUUCUACUUGCAAACCACUGCGACGGACCGCACGAAGAUGUCGGGCAUGCUGGAAGCCGCUGCAUUGUGGAAACCCAAUGAAGAUCAAUUAUUUAGAUCCGAUUUACCCUGGCAACCGGUCUCUCUAUUCUAUCAGGAACGCACGGAGGACACGCUUAUGCUAGUGUGGAAUACAUGUCCGAAAUAUACUCGUCUGCGCACGUCAGUGAACGACCUGCCGGAAGUUCGGCAAGUGCACGAGGAUAAUCAACAAUUGUUCGAGCAGCUGACGAAUUUUACGGGUAUGCCGAUUGCAAAUGCCGACGAUGUCAGCUCGCUUUACAGCACAUUGACAGCUGAGAAACAGAUGAAUCUGACUCUGCCCGAAUGGGCGAGAGACUACUAUGACAAAUUGACGCCUCUGGCUUUGUACGAGCUGCAGCUCAACACAUACGACGACAAUUUCCGCCGACUGAGAGGCGGGCCUCUGUUGAAGAAGAUCACUAACGAUAUGAUGGAGAAAAAGGAGCAGACUCUACAUCCGGAGUUGAGGAAAAUGUUCAUGUACAUCGGCCACGACAGCACUAUCGUCACUUUGCUGGAUACAAUGCACAUUUGGUACAAUCAAAUGCCGCAUUACAAUAUUAUGAUAAUGAUAGAGCUUCACGAAGACGAGAAUGAAUGGAACGUUCAGAUAUUUUUACGAAACACGACAACCCACGAGCCAUAUCCGAUGAUAAUAUCUGGGUGCACCGCUGCGUGCCCUCUGAACAAGUUCGUGGAGAUUUUGAAGCCGAUGAUACCGGAUGACUGGAAAGAGGAAUGUAAGGUCGAGGGUGACUACGUGACACCACCGCCGCCGCUUCCAUAAUCUUCAUGAUUAUAGAAAUCAAUUUUUUACGCGAUAUUAUAAUAAUAAUAAUAAUUUUCUAUCUAUAGUUUGUUAUUUAAGUAAUUCAAUUGCAAUUGAAUUUCCACAAUACGAACUUUAUUGUAUCCAUGCUGUAAAUAACUAUAUACAUCUGUAAUGCCUAAGUAUUUAUUUUCACCGUUCAAAAUACGUGCGUCGCGCGCAAGAUAUGAUCGUUUCAAGAAUUCAAAGUAUUUAAGAGAGUGGAAAAUGAAAUGCCUUGACAAUUAUUAUAAUUAAAAAUAACUAAAAAUAUAGUUUUCGAAGAAUAUCUAUAUUUUUUUAUAUUUUUUAAUAUAU